ACAACUAUGGCGACCGAAGAUGAUUCUGACAGUGAACUUGCUUCGAAUGUUGUGGGCUGUUGGCGAUGAAUAAAGGCAGCGAAAGUGUUGCCUCGUGGAACGAUGCCUCAACUUCACCUCUCUUUCUCGUGAUUACCACAGAACGCGAGUCAAGCUCGGUAGCUCAAUACCAUGCACGCAGCCGCAGAGACUUUGAUUCUUCCAAGUCAGGGAGAGUUUUCCCUGCUCGAUCUUGAUGCAGAUAACUUGAACACUGUGGAAGAGACUAAAGCGCGGAUUCAGGAAAUUCUUCAUUCUUCUCGUGAUUCGGGGUUGUUAAAUACCAUGGUGGAGUAUUAUCUAAAAACGCGUUCCCCUGCAUGUCUGCAGAUUUUGAGCGGCAUCCACGAAGCACGAGCUCAGGCAUUAUUUGAGAAAAUGAACGAAUGCCUGAAACAGGCGCCGUCCCGCUUGGACACCCUAUCACUUCUCGGUCAUAUCGUGCGAAGGCAGCCCUCCUGGUUGUACAAGAUUAUCAAGACGUCCUUGUUUGAAAGUCUUUUGAAGUGCAUGAAGGGAGAUGAAGAUGUAUUGGUAUUAACAAGUGGAAUUUUAACCAUUACAACUUUGUUACCAUUGGUACCAGCCUACAUUGGUCAUUGUUUACAGGACUUGUUUGAAAUAUUUUCAAGGCUAUCCUACUUUAGAGUUCGUCAUUCAGGUAAUGCCCCGGAAGUACACCUUCUCCACCUUCAUGUUGCAGUAUACAUGCUGUUUCAUCGUCUGUAUGCCAUGUAUCCUAACAAUUUCUUGGCAUAUCUAAGAGUGACCUACUGUAAGCCUCCUAAACAGAAACUUUUCCAGAAGACAAUCAAGCCAAUGUUGGAGCAUGUGAAACUUCACCCAUGUAUUAUUACAGAAACUGUGCAUACAGAGACUGAAAAACACAGGUGGCGACAAAAGGAGCCUCACGAUAUUGUAAUAGAAUGUAUGAAGCUGUCUCUGGACCCAGUGGACAGAAUGCAAGAGAAGGGAAGUUUGAUGUCAUCAUGGACUUUCAUGCAUAGUCACCAAGAACUUUUUUCAGACAAAUCCAUCAGCCCUAUGUUGACAACAUCAGGUGAUAGUCAAGGACCUGAAACAAGCAGAUUAAAAGAACGUCGCAUGUCAGACUCUGCAACACAGACUGGUAAAUCUCUACAAAGUGGUGACAGUGGUACGGAGUCUGAUAGUUUGCCAGUGAUUGCUACUGACGGGAUUGAAUUAAAUGCAACUCCUGGCUGGAGUCCUUCUGAUGUUUGUGGGCUUAACACCCCGCCAUCAUCUCAGAUGUCGCCUUCCACAAGCUAUCCUGAUCUGGUAUCAUCUAUUCGUAUCCAGUCUCAUUGCAGUACCCCAGGAAUAGUUGACACUCCAGGGCAAUCCCCAACAACAUCUCUUGGGGAUGACGUACUAGGAUAUUCAAGCUCACCCUCUUUGACUGCUGGCAGUAGAGGAAAGGUUGUGAUGUCAGAGGGGAUAAAUGGUGGAAAGGGGAACUCUGUUAAAGGUGGGAAGGCUUGGAGUCAGGAGGGAGCAUUGACGAAAAGUUUAAUUUCUGUGUUAGCUGGGCAAAGUUAUGAUUCGGCCCCUGCAGCCAUUGGGGAACAACAAACAUCGACACCAAGAGAUUCUUCAGAAUAUCAGGAAGACCAGUUUGACACAGCUCUAUUUGAGAGAAAAAAUUCAUCAACUUCCCUAAGUACCAAUGAAGUACAAGGGGAGGUAUUUAAAGAGAAUCUCACAAGUUUAAGUCCAGAAAAAAUUCAUAGGGAUGAUUUAAUUGUUUCUCCCAAGGAGGAAUUUAGAGACUCUAAUGGCCAAAAGGAUUGCGACCCAGAUGGAAGAAAACUGGAGACAAUUGGGCCAUUGAAGGAUGCGAUUAGUAUUGAUGUUAUGGAAGAUGCAUUGACCCCUGUUUGUGGUCAAUCUUUAGAGGCAGAAACAUUAUCAAACACACCUGUUGACAAAACCAACGAAUCCCCAAAUGCUUGUCCUUGUACAGAAGCUCAGGAAACAGAUAUCUAUCUUUCUUAUCCUGUCCCUGAUGUUUCAUUAAUGAAUAAAGAACCAAACAAGCCUCCAGUGAGUAAACCUGAUUUAAAUGCACACCAGGAGCCAACAAAAUUGGGAGAAGUGGAUGAAAAUGAAACAAGCCUAAAGUGGGAUGAAUGUUCAUCGAGUGUUUCUAAACUUCACUCUCUAAUUCAAGCUGGGUUGCAGAACCACCUUCCAUUGCAAGUGUGUGACUUGGUUGCAGCUUUUCCAUACCUGUUGCCAUUGCUUAGAAAUGACCAGGAGCAGACUGUUAAUAGUUCUUUGGCUGAUGGAGAUGACUUGAUAUCCUCAAGAAUUCAACAGCAGAUGCAUGACGUAACACCAGUUGAGAUUCUUGAUGAUUAUCUGAAAACAGGCAAGAGCGUACACUAUGGUGAGCUCUCAAGGAUUCCUCUUGUCAAUGAAGCUGGUACAGUUUGGACACAUUUUGGAGGUGAUCCCCCAGUAGAUGAAGUAGAGAUCUUGAGAGGACAAGUGAAGUUGCUUCAUAAUCAGCUACUGUUUGAACGACACAAGUGUGAUCUUCAUGCUAUCCGUAACAGAAGACUUGUAGGCAAGACAUUCAAGGCUGUACAAUAUCAGGAAGAACUUCAGGCCACGAAAGAUCAGCUGAGACUACAAGAAGAUAAAAUGCGGGAACUUACUGACGCACUCAAAAAUAGAGAGGAAGCAAACAGGGAAUUUAAGGGAAUCACUUCUGCAUGGGAUCAUCAACAACAAUUGAAGCUGAGGGAUUUGUUGAAUGAGAAUGCUCAUUUAAAAUACACCCAAAAGGAACUGUUGGAGAAGCUUGAAGUGCAGCAGAAAGAUUUUGAUACAAAGCAAACUGAGAUUAACCAGGCAAAAGCCAGGAUAUUCACAUUGGAAAAAGAGUUAGAUCAACUGAAAACAUGCUUAACAGAAAAAGACCGGCUAUCAGAUCAGAUGGGUCAGCUUGUCAAGGAACUCCUGAUCAUGGGGGAAUUAAAUCAACAACAGAAAGAGACAAUUAAGAAACUUAGUCUAGUUGAGGGGCAGAAUCCAGAAAGCACCAUGCAGUUACAUAGUUGUCACAGGGAACUGGGAGCUGCUAAACAGACAGUGAAAAGGCAGAAGGCUGAACUUGAAGCUCUGAAUGCAAAACUUGCAGAUAUAGAAUCAGUUGCUAGUAGCAAGGAUAUCGAAAUCAGAGAAUUGAAGAAAUUCUCUGAACUGUUGAAAGGAACCUACAAUGGGAAAAUAGAGAGUUUGGAAGAAAAAUACAAUGCUCAAAAGAAGAUGACUCAAGCCCUAGAAUCUUAUAUUUUACAUGAGCAGUCAUUGGAAAGUAAGAAAGAGGAGGAAAUGGAGCACAGCCCCUAAUUAUUCAACUUAUUUAAAUAAUUAAGGCAUUAAAUCCUUCCAUACUAAAUUAAUAUUUUAUCGUUUGCCAGUAGGAUAUUCAAAACAGGUCUCGUACUGCAGCUUGUAUUCCAAGCUGAAUGGUUGGAGCAUUUACUGCUUUAGUUAAUUUAUCACUUUAUUUCCAGCACAGAGAUAUACCAUAUUUUAUGUGUUUAAUUAAGUUUGCCUUACUUACUGUGUAAGAAAGUCUACAACAGAGACUGCUUGAUUUGAGAAUCAUAUUCACUAUUUUUCUUAUUAUUAUUAAUAACUCUCAAAUAAGUGCAUGCACAGCUAUUGGUCAAAUUAGCAGGCUGUGUUCCGCUGUACAGCCUGCUAAAUUGCUCUAUUGAAACUAGAGAUAUAAAAAUACUGUACUAACCUUGUUUUCUUGGUCUGUACUAUACAGUACAGAACAGACCUCGAACUUGGUUAGUAAGAAAAAUGUAUUUGUCUCUUCUUGGAGUUAUGACAAAUGGUGACUUUUGUGUGGUACAGUUUUUGUUGCAACAUUCUAUCGCUUGUGACUUUUAUCCUCCUGCCAAUUUUUGGUACUCAGCAGUAUAAUGACAUCACCCUACUGUUAUAUUUAUGCAGAAUAUGUCAUGUUCUUAGUUCUCUUAGCCUGAUCCAAUUUUGUGAUCAUCCUGUAAGACAUUGUAUGUUCAUAGGUUUAUUUUAGGUUUGUUCAUUGGUUUAUUUCAUUUGCAGCAGGAACGAUUCGUUUUAAAGAAAAGUAGUGCUUAACCUCUACAGCUUCCACCCUUCAAAAAGUUUUGGCAAGAACAUGAAAAAUUGGUGUCUUAAGAUUUUGUUACAACACAAUGCAUAGUCCACACUUCUUUAUGUCAAACAUGUUGUUGUAGCUAUUUGUCAUGUUCUUUCUUACCAGUUUGAGUGUUGCUUUAUUAUGUUUUGCACUUGUUGCUUUAGCUGGCAUUCAUUUUUGAUAUCAGUGAAAGAGUGCUUGAUAAUUCCAAGGGUUGCACUCUGCAAAGUAGCCCUGCUAAACUUUUGAUGAAAUGUUCUUUUAUCACCUUUAGUUUCCUAUACAGGCAGAAAUUCCUUAUUUUUGAGUUGUUUGAUGGUAUCAUCCAGACAGGAAAGGCUAUUUUUUGGGAUAUUAGGUUAUCAGUCAUUUCCUGGAAACAUAGUCAUAUUUUUUUUCUGUAGUAUUUGGAAAAUUUUCUUGCAAAGUCUUUAAAAUGUGUACGGGUAUUGUUCCUUAUUUUUGAGUCGUUAAAUGGUAUCAUCCAGAGAAGAAGGGCUUAUUUUUUGAGAUAUUGGGUUAUCCGUCAUGUCCUGGAAACAUAGUAACUUUUUUUUUCUGCAGUAUUUGGAAAAUUUUCUUGCAAAGCCUUUAAAAUGUGCAGGGGUAUUGUUCCUUAAAAUUAGCUUCAAUGGAUAGAGUGAAAAUAGGUAAAAAAAUAGAUCUUAUUUGAAACUCCUUAGGACUCUGAGACAUUUUGUUUCAAAGAAUAGGUAACAAAAAGUAUUGACGCAAAAAGGAGAAAUAUUGUAUUGAAACCUACUAAGUUAUUUAGAGUAAGAUUUUUUUAUAGUUAACAAUGGUGCAAAGUUCCUUUUAUCAGGAAAAACUGUAAUACCAUACAAUUUGCCCUUCUUCCUUUGUAAAGAAGUGUGUAAAUGAUCCAAAACUUUAUAUUCUAAUUUUUUUUGCUCAGACAGCUCAAGCACAGGUUAUUCAAUUAAUGUUCUAUUUUAAACAAGAACGAAAUCUUGUACUCUGAUCUUUAUCCAACCUUUUUCUCAGUUAUCAUUUAAGAUUUUACUUGAGUUUUGAAAUCAUUAAUUUGUGAGAAGCAAUGAUGACCCAGGAGGACUGGGUUGGGCCAAUUUUCAGAUAGUAAAUCUCAGGUUUUUACUUGAUUGUCAGUAAUGGGAAGGGAAUUUUAGGUUUGAUAGGAAUAUUUAUUUCACCAUAAAUAGUAGCCCUAUGACAUGGUGAUGUCAUUUGCUUAAAAUUUACCUCAAGCCUCUACUAUUUUUUAAUUUAAUGAGCAUCUACCACUUGUGAGUAGUGCUUGGGAAAUAUUUCCUCAUCAGCCUUGCCAAGAAGCAAGGCUGUGGUGAAAUUGGGUUUUCUUCUGUGAGUAAGGUCAGUUAUUAUGGGAUUGGUGGGGGAAGAGGAAAUUUAGUUUUGGCCAGGACCCAAAAUGUUUUGCGUGGGUGUAAUUGUUUUCAGAGUAAUACUUCAAAUAAAAUUAUUUUACUUUCA